AUGAGUAAUAAAGCCAUAGAAUUUGUGGAUGAAAUUACAUGCUAUGCAUUGCCAUAUGGAACUUGGGGAGUGGCCUGUUGGCUAGUAUCGUCCAUCACCACUGUAUACGUGUACGCGAGACCACCCAAGACAAACAAAUGGUUGUUAAUUUUGAAAGUAAUUUCUUUGCUAGGUCCAGUUAUUUUAACAUGUAUCCGUUGUAAUCAUCAUUGGACAUUUAUACUUAUUGCAGUGAGCAAACUUGCACCAGAUGCCUACCUUCUGGCUAGGAGACGUAUUCAUAAAUUUGACGAGGACGAUGACUAUGAGGAUGAUACAUUCUUUGACGGUGAUAACUAUAAUAAUUGUUAUCGACUGUGUCUUAUUUUUGCAGCAUUUGCGUUAUUAAUUUGUGGUUGGGUAGGUACAGCAAAUUUUGUUUUCAUGGCAGGUGAACAUAAACAAGACAAAGUUAGCAUUGUUUCAGCUUGGGUAGGCAUAGUAUUGUCGAUAAUUAUAUUUCUAUUGGUUAUAUGCUGUAUUUCUUGUUUGUGGAGAGUAUUAUUAAAUUGCUUAUUGAAAUGUCUGGAUGUUGAGGAGGAUGUUUCGUGGGUUAUGGUAAUUUACUAUUUAGUUGCCUCAAAUGUAUUGUUUUUACACAUAGUUCUUGGGUUUUAUUGUAAUAAUUGGAAUGGACUUUCUUCAGAAAAAUUAACUCAAAUUUCGGCAAUAAUUUUUAUGGUUGGGAGAAAUAUUCAGAUUUAUGAUUUGUUGCAAAUUUUAUAUAAAUUUCUAAGCAAACGCCUGUUUAAAAAUUGA